AUGUUCCGAUUUAUCAGUGCUUGGCUACAGGUGGUGCUCCGGUAUAUCGCCGCAUGGCUUCAGGCGGCGGCGGCCGCGGCGGUGGCAGCGGCGGAUAAACUGGAUGCUGCGUCGCUCUCGCUUCAGGGGACGGCGGCCAUGGAUUUUCCUGCUACUGUUUCGCUUGGCCCCCUCCACCGGCAGCUCCAUUCAUUCAGGGCUGCCACGAACAAUCUCCCCGACGGGGUUAGCGAUGGCGAGGUCCGGCGCCUCGAAGAAGAUCUGGAGACACUGUUCACCGAGCUCAAGAUCGUGUCGGAGGCGGACGACCCCAGCUUCACGGCCAGGUGCUGGAUGAAGGAGGUGCGGGAGCUCCGCUACGACGCAGAGGACUUCUUCAACGAGGUCCCGCGCUCCUCCGCCGGCGCCGGCAGAAGCGCUCUUCACACCCUCAUUCUUUCGAUCCCCAGAAAACUGAAGCUUCGGCGCCAGGUUGCAGAAGCUUUCUCAGAUCUGUGUGCUCGUGCCAAGGAUGCGAGUCAAAGACGCCAAAGUUUCCAGCUUGGACCAGCAACCAUCAGACCUGAAUCUGGACAAGUCAAUGUCAGCCGCUCCAAGAGCCUCGGACUUAUUGGCCUUGAGGAGUCCAUGGAUAAGCUUGUCAAACUGAUGGCUUUAGACGACCAAGAGAUUGCAGAGCUGCUGGCUUUUGACAGUGAAGAUACAGAGCAACUAGUUCAGGUGGUACCUAUCUUUGGAUCUGCAGGUGUUGGCAAAACAACACUUGCCAGAACCUUCUACCGUAACUUCGGGGGGAAAUUCCAGUGCCGGGCUUUCGUGCGGGUGUCUCGAAAUCCAGAUAUGAGGAGGAUGCUUUCCAGCAUGCUCUCACAAAUUAAGGCACCGCCGGUUCAUGGCUUUCCUGAUGUGCAGGACCUUAUUGACCAUAUCAGAGGAUAUCUGCAAUGCAAAAGAUACUUGAUUGUAAUUGAUGACUUAUGGGCCUCCUCGACAUGGGAUAUUAUUAGCCGUGCUUUCCCUGAUGGUGAUUGUUGCUGCAGAAUAAUAGUAACCACGGAAAUCAAGGAUGUAGCAUUGGCAUGCAGUAGGUAUCAGUUUAAGUACAUGUAUGAGAUGAGUCCUCUUAAUGGUGAUCAGUCAAGACAGUUAUUCCUCGGUAGAGUUUUUGGGUCUGAAAAUGGUUGUCCUCCAGAUUUCAAAGAAGUUACAUAUGAGAUUAUCCGAAAAUGUGGAGGUUUACCAUUAGCAACUGAAAAUAUAGCCAGCAUGUUAGCAUGUGAAUUAAACAUUGAUCAAUGGAAGCACAUACGAGAUUCUUUACCCUCUGUUUUGAGAUUGAGGACAGACCCUAGUUCGGAAGGGUUGAAAGAAGUUCUGAACAUUAUUUAUGAUAAUCUUUCACCAUAUUUGAAGACAUGCUUGCUAUAUCUUAUUAUGUAUCCAGAGGGAAGCACUAUCAGCAAGGACGAAUUAGUGACGCAAUGGAUAACUGAAGAUUUUAUCGGCGAAGGGCAAGACAGGGAGAAAAUUGCAUGGCAUUAUUUUGAUGAGCUUGUGAGUAGAGGAAUGAUCCAACCUCUUGACAGAAAUUAUAACGAUGAGGUGUUGACAUGUACAGUUCACCACAUGGUACUAGAUCUUAUUAGGUACAAAUCUCUGGAGGAGAAUUUCAUCAUUAUUGUGAGUUGUUUUCAAACAAUUACAGGUCUUCCUGACAAGGUUCGUCGACUGUCUGUCCAGUUCGGUGGUGCAAAAUGUGCUAAUAUACCGGCAGACUUUAUGAUGACUCAAGUUAGAUCGCUUAUAUUUUUUGGCUUCUUGAACUGUGUGCCUUCCUUUGUGGAAUAUAAGCUGCUUCGAGUUCUGAUUCUUCAUAUCUGGGCUGAUCAAAGCAAAAUAUUUGACCUCACUAGAAUUAGCGAACUGUUUCAGCUGAGGUAUCUGAAAAUUGAUUGCAACAUCACUGUCCAUUUGCCAGACGAGAUUCAGCAGCUACGAUUCUUGGAGACAUUGGAAUUGCAUGCACCAGUAAGUGAUAUGCCAUCGGAUAUUAGUUGCUUGCCCUUACUUCGCACGCUGGGCUAUUUUGAUCUCGGCAAGAACUCAAUAGAGAAUGUACAGAGCCUUGGCGAGCUGAACAAUCUCCAAGACCUUCAUCUCACCUGGUCUAACAUAGCAGACCCUGACAAUCUGAAGAACAAUAUGCAAUGCCUGGGCUCAAUUCUCCGGAAACUCGGCAACCUCAAGUCUUUAACUUUAGUACGUGCAGCCUCCUCUCAUGCAGAUGUAACUCUAAUACGUGCAGCCUCCUCUCAUCCAGAUGUUUUAGACGAUGCUGGUGGUGCAAUCUUGGGUAUUUCUGGCGAUGUCUUGAGCAGCGUGUCCUCUCCCCCGCCCCUUCUUCAGAGGCUUGAGCUGUCAGGGCGCUGUUGCAUCUUUGCCAGCCUACCUGAGUGGACCAAAGAACUUGGCAAUCUCUGCAUUUUGAAGAUUUCAGUUAGGAAGUUGUUGAGGAAAGAUAUUGAUAUCCUCAAAGGAUUGCCAGCUCUCAUGGCUCUCUCGCUGUACGUUUGUACUGCCCCUGUAGGAAAGGUCGUCUUUGAUAGUGAGGGGUUCUCAAUUCUCAAAUACUUCAAGUUUACAUGUGCUGCCCCAUGCCUGGCAUUUCUGAUAGGAUCAAUGCCUAGCGUCCGGGAGCUUAAGCUAGCAUUCAAUGCUAAUAGAAUGGAGCAAUACAGCCAGAUAGUUGCUGGCUUAGAGUACCUGAUAGAACUUAAAGAGAUAACUGCAAAAGUUGGGGGCACUGGUGCGGAUGAAUCUGAUAAAAGGUACGCGGAGUCGGCAUUGAGGGGCGCCAUUGCCAAUCAUCCAUGCGCUCCUAUAAUCACAGUACAAUGUGUAGAUCGGAUUUUGUAUGGUGAGGACGAUACGAGUGCCGUCACACAAGAACAAGAACACUGGACUCUGGAAGAAGAACAUGAGAUACAAGAGGAAUCACUUGAUCCUCUUCCUGAACUUAUUCCCAUUCCAAGCACACAAACACAAAUGAGAGAUGGAAGCCAGAAUGGAGGAACAGAUAGCUCAAGGGAGGUGCUGACACAAACAAGAGAGGGAGUUCAGGAUGAAUUAAUAGAAAGAUCGAUGGAGGUCCUGACACAUGAACGGGAACACUUAACUCUGGAAAGACAACACGAGAUUCAUGAGGAAUUGCUUGAUCCUCUUCCUGAAGUUGUUUCCACUUCAAGCACACAGACACAAGUGAGAGAGGAAGUGCGGGAUGGAGAAAUAGGGAGAUCGAUGGAGGUGCUGACACAAGAGCAAGAACAGUGUAUCGUGGAACAACAAGAUGAAAUGACAGACGGAGUGCUGGAUGUACAAAUAGGGACAUUGAUGGAGGUGUUAGCACAAGAAGAGCAAUGGCGGAAUAAUAUGCAGAAUAGUGGAAUCGGGAGAUCGAUGGCGGUGGUGAGCGCUUCCCAUGGCACCUUGGAUCCCCUACUGGACAAGCUCAAUGCUUUGCUCAGCGAGGAGUAUGGCAACUUGGAAGGUGUCCUCCAUGAAGUCAGUGCCCUCAAAUCUGAGCUGACAUUAAUGCAUACGGCGGUGAGAAAGUACACGAUGCUAGAAGAUCCAGAUGUCCAGGUGAAGUUAUGGCUAUCGUUGCUGAGGGAGUUUUCCUAUGAUGCAGAGGAUUACAUUGAUAAGUUCAUUCACCAGCUCGACAAUGGCGGACAUCAUGGCGGAUUCAAGCAGAUCUUCGGCAAGACUGCUUGCCAGCUGAAGACGCUUGGAUCUCAGCAUGAAAUUGCAGAAAAAAUCGAUGAGCUGAAAGAUCGUGCCAAGAACUUGAAAGCGAGUAGUUACAAGAUGGAUGAUACUGCUUGCAUCACAUCUUGCCAUUCCACCGUGGAUCCCCAGUUGGCUGCUCUUUUUGUUGAUUCUGCACACCUUGUGGGCAUUGACAGUCCAAGAGAUGAUCUUGCCAAGUGGACGGUCGAAGUAGGAAACAGCUCGGCCAAGCAUCAUUGCAGGAUGUUAUCUAUUGUUGGGUUUGGUGGAUUGGGAAAGACGACACUAGCGAAUGAGGUGUAUCGCAAGGCUAAAGGGCAUUUCCAUUGUCAGGCUUUUGUAUCAGUCUCACAAAAGCCGGAUAUAAAGAAAAUUCUCAUGAACUUGAUCUCCCAAGUGUCUCCCCAUGGAUUCACGAAAGAUACUUACAAUUGGGACAAAAUGAGAUUCAUUAGAGAGCUAAGAAAACUGCUAAAGGAUAAGAGGUAUCUUGUUGUCAUUGAUGAUAUAUGGUCCAUAUCGGCAUGGAACAUUAUCAAGUGUGCUUUUCCAGAGAAUAACUGUUCUAGCAGAGUUAUAACUACUACACGCAUUAUUGAAGUUGCAAGGUCAUGUUGUAUGGGUCAAGAUGACCGCAUGUAUGAAAUGCAACCCUUAAGUGAUUUUCAUUCUAAAAGAUUGUUCUUGAGAAGAAUUUUUGGGUCCAAGGAUAGUCCCGAUAUGCUGAAAGAAGUUUCAAAUGAAAUUUUGAAAAAAUGUGGAGGCCUGCCGUUGGCAAUUAUCAGUGUAUCUAGUUUAUUGGCAAAUAGGCCAGCUAACAAAGAGGAGUGGGAAAAAGUUUGUGCAUUGGACAAAGACAUAGGUCUAGAGGAAAUGAACAGAAUACUAUGCCUUAGCUACAAUGCUCUUCCAGAUAAUCUCAAGACUUGUUUGUUGUAUUUAAGUAAUUUUCCUGAGGGCUGUGUGAUUGAGAGAGAGAGAUUAGUGAGGCGGUGGAUAGCAGAAGGCUUUAUCUCUGAAAAUCAUGGGCAGAGUCAGCAAGAGGUCGCAGAGUGGUAUUUCUAUGAGCUUAUCAAUAGAAGUAUGAUUCAAGCAGUGGACAUCCGCUAUGAUGGUAAGGCUCGUGCAUGUCGAGUCCAUAACAUGAUGCUUGAACUCAUCAUUUCAAAGUCAGCUGAGGAUAAUUUUGUCAUGGUGAUUCGUAGCAGGCAGACUGGUUUGGUAAAUCGCCAUGGUUGUAUUCGACGGCUAUCAGUCCAGCACAUUGACCAGAAUCUUGCAUCUGUAUUGGCAAAUGAAGAUCUAAGCCAUGUUCGCUCUUUAACAGUAACAUCAUCAAGUUGCAUCGAACACUUGCCUAGUCUUGCUUGCUUUGAAAAUUUGCGUGUACUAGAUUUUGAAGGGUGUGAUGGAUUGGAAAAGUAUCACAUGAAGGGUCUUGGCAAGUUUUUCCAACUAAAGUACCUGAGCCUUAGGGGCACUUGGAUAUCACAUCUACCAUCAGAAGUUGUGAUGUUACAUAAUCUAGAGACCCUAGAUAUUAGGGAGACACAUGUAGAAGAGUUGCCUGCUGAAAUUGUCCACCUUACGAAGCUACAACAUCUUAUCGCUUCAACAGAUUAUGUAAUGCCUGGAAUAAAGAUACCAGAUGGAAUCGGGAAUAUGAGGAACUUACGGGUAUUGUUGGGCUGUGGUAUCAGCUUGGGUUCUGUUGGUGCACUAGAGGAACUCGGUAACUUGACCAAUUUGAAUGAGCUCGAUGUACAGUAUUGGGGAAUAGGAUCCGAGUACAAGUGGCAUGAAGACAGGUUCCUCUCCUCAUUAAUCAAGCUUGGUAGCUGCAAGCUACAGUCUUUUAGGAUAUGGAGGAAGUGCCCUGGUGAUGUCAAGUUCUUAGAAUCAUGGUUCCCUCUGCCAUUUUCCCUCCAAAGAUUUGAGAUGAGCGGCUGCUACAGUUUCAAGUGGAUUCCAUGCUGGAUUUCACCAGCACUGACCAGUCUUGCAUACCUAGAAAUUAAUAUAGUGGAAGUAACGCAGACGGAUCUGUGCAUACUUGGAGAGAUGCCUGCCUUGCUUCACCUGAGGCUAACAUGCCAGACUUUCAGAAAAGAAAGGCUUAUUUUUUACGGCAGAGGAUUCCAGCAUUUGAAGGAAUUUGUUUACGAUGCUGCUGUAUUGCCAUCGGGAAACCUUCUGUUUAUGGAAGGGGCACUGCCAAUGCUCGAGGAUCUUAGCCUAAUCUACUGUGUAUCAAUGGUUAAUGCCUAUGGGUUUUUCUUGGGUAUCGAGCACCUCCCAAGACUGAAAAAUGCACAAAUUCACCUCUACAAACAGGGCGCGGCAUCUUCUGAUAUCGCUUCCGCAGAAGUUACUAUCAGGAAUGAAGCAGAUGACAAUCCCAACCGUCCCAGAGUAACUCUGGUAGAACAUGUAAAGAGGGAGGAUUAUUGCUCUGACGGCUGUCCUAACAGAACCGUGACAGAUCAAGGACUAGAUGCCAAUACAACUAACCAGAAGGGUGGAUCUCGAAAGGCAACAAAUCAAACUUCAAAUCGUUGA